AUGGAUCCGUACGCCGCGAAGGAAGCCCUAGCCCGCAGAAGACUUGUGGUUGAUGAUGAGAUCAUCCAGAUCCCCGACUGUGACCUCACUGCAGUAACAGAACAGUUCAAACAAACCCUAAUAGGGCGAACUUUCAACCGUGAAGGCAGAAGCCUUCUCCUGAAGCAUAAGAUCUGGGAUAUGGAAGGUAGAGCGCAUGGAAUAAACCUUGGCAAUGGUCGGUUCCAGUUUGAUUUCGAUCACGUGGACGACAUGAACAAGGUUUUAGCCAAACGUCCGUGGCACUUUAAUCGGUGGAGCUUUGCACUAAAACAAUGGGAACCCUUCACGUGUGAAGAUUUCCCUAAUACGAUGAUCUUUUGGGUCUCGGUGACUGGUGUACCGGUUCACUUCUGGAACAAUCCAACUUUCAAUGAGAUUGGCAAAGCUCUCGGAACAGUCACUAACAUCGAUGCCAAAAGAGCCAAAUUCCAAAUCUCCCUUAACGCGGACAAACCUCUGCAAUUUGAAAGAAAAGUGGGUUUUCCUAAUGGAAAUAUCGCUUCGGUAACCCUGACCUACGAGGGCUUACAAACGUACUGCUUCACUUGCAAACUCCUGUCCCAUGAAGAGGCGUCAUGCCCGGAGCUCACUGAAGAACAACGUGAGGAAAAGAAGAGGUUACGGCUGGAACAGCUCCGACAAGAAGCUCUGUUUGGAUAUGGAGUGAAUACAACCACCAAUGCUACAAGACCAAAAGAAGCAUCGGUGAGCCUGAGAACCGAGAUACGUGAUGAUCACCUCUACGAUGACCGUGUAAGGACCAAUGUACCUAAACGUGAAUAUCGUCAGAGAUCGGAUCACACAAGCUACUCUGAAUCUCGAUCUCAAGCUAGGGACAAAUCUGUCUCGAGACACCAAGAUCUCCGACAGGAACUAAGCAAAACAAGAGACUCGAGAGGCCGAGAGGUAUGGAAUCGACUAGAUCGGAGCCAUUUGGAUAAGAGACAGUCCGGAAAAGACCGAUACCACCCAUAUGAGAAGCCAACGAAUGAACAGAGAGGCUCUCGGUAUGUGAGAAAAGAUUCCUAG